AUGGAAAGGUACUCAAUGCCAGAAACAAGGGCUUGGGCUUUGCUCGAGGCUUCGGCGGCAGCUCGGGCAGCGGCAGCUUUGCGCUCGGCCUUUUCGCGCUUGGCGGCUUCCUUUGCAGCCUUUUUUGCUUCUUUAAGAGCACGCUUCUCUUCUUCGGUCAUGUUAGCACGGCUUCUGGCUGGCACGCCCUCACCGGUCGGUUGCGGGUCCAUUGUAGCGACAGGAGUAAUUCACAACGAGUAUGAAAGGAACGAUCUGGUCGAUACACGAGCUCGAAUUGGUGGGGUGGCUUUGCCUGUUCUUGUAACAAUGAGGAAAGGCGGUUUAUGUCGGUCGUUUGAGAGUUGCCGAUAG